UAUUCUUGAAAUAAUCGUGCAACCAUAAAUCCAAAUCCAAAGCCAAAGGAGAUUGAGUAAGGAAACAACUUCAACUCAAUAAUAUCCAUCCAUCCAUCCAUCCAUGGCUAAUAAUAUUACUAGCUUCCCAAAUGAAUCAAAGCUUCGUGAGCAGGAUGUAGUGUUCUUAAUGGUUCCUUUUCCAGCCCAAAGCCAUUUAAACCAGCUCCUCCGUCUUUCUCACCUCAUCCGCUCUCGGGGCUUCCCCGUUCACUACGCCGCCUCCGCCAUCCACUGCCGCCAGGUCAAGCUCCGGCACGACACUCUCCUCCUCAAUACUUCCGGAAUCAUAUUCCACGAAUUGCUCACACCCCCUUUUAACUCUCCCCCUCCCGAACCAUACUCCUCUGUUAAAUUCCCCCAACAUCUUUGGCCCUCCUUUGAAGCCUCUUUGAAGUUGCGAGAACCUGUAGCCACCUUGCUACGGGAACUUUCCUCCUCGGGGGAUACAACUAUAACUACAACUAGAACUAGAAGACUCGUGGUUAUCCACGACAACCUAAUGAAUUACGUGGUCCAGGAUGCUGCCUCUGUUCCGAAUGCAGAGUCCUAUUCUUUCAAUUGUAGCUCCACCUUUUGCACCUUCUGUAUAACGUGCCAGUUCUCCGGGAAACCUUUCCCCGUGGUCGAGGUGGAGCCCGAGGCCAUCCCGACUCUAGACAAUUGCUUCACCCCAGACCUUGCCAACUUUUUCUCCAUUCAGACUCAAUUUGAUCAUCUCAAACAUGGCAAUCUAUUCAGCACAUGUCGAGCAAUCGAGGGCCCUUACCUCGACCUUCUAGCCCAAACAACACAUGCCGACGCAGCCGUUGACAACAACAAGAAGAAGAAGCAAUGGGCGAUUGCGCCUUUGUUCCCAGUCACAGCAAUCGACGACAAAGCUCACCCAACCUUGGAAUGGCUGGAUAAACAACCACCAAGAUCUGUGAUAUACGUAUCAUUUGGAUCAUUAACAACCAUGAGCCAAGAACAGGUCAAUGAGCUGGCUCUAGGGUUGGAAGAAAGUAAACAGAGGUUCUUAUGGGUGUUGAGAGAUGCCGACAGAGGAGACAUAUUCAACGGUGAAUCCACAAUCCUUCAGCUGCCGGAAGGGUUCGAGGAGCGGGUGAAAGGGGUGGGAAAGGUGACCAGAGAUUGGGCUCCUCAGCUCGAGAUACUCCGGCACCUGUCGGUUGGGGGAUUUAUGAGCCACUGCGGCUGGAACUCAUGCCUAGAGAGCCUAACCAUGGGCGUGCCAUUGGCUACAUGGCCAAUGCACUCCGACCAGCCGCAUAACGCCUUACUCAUGACCCACGUACUCAAAGUCGGAGUUCCGGUCAUAGGUUGGGGAGAACGCGAUCAACUAGUGACCGCAUCCGUCAUUAAGAAAAGCAUUGAAAAUUUGAUGGCAUCGAGUGAAGGACAUGAGGUUAGAACAAGAGCGGAAGAACUGGGAAAAGCUAUCAAGCAUUCGGUAGAGGACGACCAUCUCUGGGAAUUGAAUUCUUUCCUAAGUUACGCAACUAGAUGAAUCAUGGAGUAAUAAGAUCAUCAUCGCCCAUUGCGAAAUCUUUAAUAAAGUCUAUAAUUAUUAAUGGUUAUAUGUAGUCAUCUUUUAAUUAGCCAUCGUGUUUAAGGAUAAAA